AUGGGCAAAAGCUCUCUUCAACUUCUCUGCGUUUUUCUCCUUGUGGCAUUACCAUACUUGAACCUUGCACUCUCCUCAGGAUCAGGAGUUGGAGAUGCUGGAAUAAUCAGGUGCAUAGAGAGGGAGAGACAAGCUCUCCUCAAGUUCAAAGAAGCUCUUCUCGACGAUGAAGGUCGUCUCUCUUCUUGGGGGAGUACUAAAGACUGUUGCGAAUGGAAAGGGGUCCAAUGCAGCAACCACAAUACUACUACGAGUCACGUCACCAUGCUCGGAGUCCACUUUCUGGGGGGUAAGGUUAGCCCUUCAGUGGUUGAACUACAUCAUUUGAGGUACUUGGACCUAAGUUUCAAUUAUCUGUCUGGCCCAAUUCCUCAUCAGUUCAGCAACCUUUCCAACUUGAGGCAUCUUGAUCUCAGCAACAAUAAUAGGCUAAAUAGCAAAAACCUUGAGUGGCUUUCUCAUCUUUCUUUGCUAAGUCACCUCGACCUUUCUGGGGUUGAACUCAGUAAAGCAACUGGUUGGGUUCAUUCUAUAAGUAAUCUCCCUCUCCUCAAAGAGUUGCACUUGUCCAAAUGUUCCCUUCCUGAUAUCACUCAUUUUUCCUCGUUCCGUUUUAAUUCUUCGGUGUCCUUAUCCGUAGUUGAUCUUUCAAGCAAUGGUCUGUCUUCUUCGAUAUUUAAUUGGUUGUUCAACUUGAGUAGCAGCAACCUUGCUUAUAUUGACCUAGGAGGUAACGAGUUAAAUGGUUCCAUUCCAGAUGCCUUCGGAGACAUGGUUUCCCUCACAAACCUCAGUCUCCAUGGCAAUCAACUUGAAGGUGGCCUUCCGAAAUCCUUUGCGAAUUCAAGUCAUUUGCAAUCUUUGGAUCUGUCAGGUAAUCACUUAACAGAAGAGCUUCACGAGUUUCUCCAAAAGUUGUCUGGGGCAAAGAAAUCAUUAGAGAGUUUGGUUUUGUCAGACAACCGGCUUAAAGGUCCAUUGCCUGAUUUCACAAGAUUUUCUCUGUUGAGGAGAUUGAUUCUCAAUAAUAAUCUAUUGAGUGGGCCAUUCCCAAAAAAUAUUGGAAACCUUCCGAGUCUUGUUGAUCUGUAUUUGUCGGGGAAUCAAAUUACAGGGUCAUUCCCCGAUCUUUCAGUUUUUCCAUCAUUGGAAAGCUUAUAUCUUCAAAACAAUCAGUUGAAUGGGACAAUAGAUAGAAGUAUUGGACAACUUCACAAGCUUAUAUCUUUAUAUUGCGGUUUCAACUCAUUAAAAGGCACAAUCUCUGAAGCCCACUUCUCUAAUCUCUCCCGUUUGUCAGAGUUGGACUUCUCUUAUAAUGCACUAACUUUUAACGUCAGUUCUGAUUGGGUUCCCCCCUUCCAACUUGAUGUUAUAAAGUUGUCGUCUUGCAAGUUGGGUCCUCGUUUCCCAGAGUGGCUUCAAAUUCAAAACAAAUAUUCUGUGCUUGAUAUGUCUAGUAACGGAAUUGCAGGAAAUGCUCCCAGUUUGUUCGAGAAAAUAAUCUCAGGAUUAAGUUAUCUAAAUCUCUCUCACAACCAGAUUAGCGGCAUCUUGCCUGAUCUAUCUGUGAAGUUUCCGGGAGCUACAGGAAUAGAUUUAAGUAAUAACCUUCUUACAGGUUCAAUACCACUUAUUCCAUCCUAUAUAUUAGUAUCCUUGAAUCUUUCCAAGAAUAAGUUCGGAGGCUCGCUUUCUUUCUUAUGCACAAUUGAUGCAGCAAAGUUUUUAACUUAUCUUGACCUCUCAAACAACCGACUAUUGGGAGAGCUUCCAUAUUGUUUGUCCAACUUCAAAGAACUAUCCGUCAUUAGUUUGGCAUACAAUAAUCUCUAUGGCGAAAUUCCCAGCUCGAUCGGCUCGCUAAGUCAAAUUGAAAUAUUGAACUUGUGCGGUAACAAUCUAUCCGGGGAAGUGCCUUAUUCUCUUAAGAGAUGCACAAAGCUGAGUAUUAUUGACCUCAGAGGAAACAGAUUCACAGGAAUAGUACCAGCAUGGUUGGGGACACACCUGACAAGUUUGCUUGUCCUUAUACUUCGAUUCAAUGAGUUUAAGGGAAGCAUACCUCAGCAAAUAUGUCAUCUUAACCGCAUUCAAAUCUUGGACUUCUCCCAUAAUCAUUUAUCAGAAAGUAUACCACCAUGCUUUUCCAAUCUCACUGCUCUGGUGGAAAGUAAGAAUUCUAAUGCCACCACAAGUUUUGAGUACAUUACAAAUCUUGGCGCUUAUUAUGGGACAGGCACCUAUCUAGCUAAUGCAUUUGUGCAAUGGAAAGGACAAGAUCUGGAGUACGGAAAAAAUCUGGGACUGCUAAAGACCAUUGAUCUUUCUAGCAAUAGCUUAUCCGGAAAUAUUCCUGAACAAGUUUGGAGUCUUGCAGGUUUGCAUUCCUUGAACCUCUCGAGAAACACUUUGACGGGAAAAAUCGUCAAAGAGAUCGGGCAGAUGGAAAUGUUGGAAUCUCUUGAUUUGUCUACGAACAGACUUUCAGGUGAAAUUCCUGGAAGCCUUGCUCAUCUAAAUUUUUUAAGUGUUUUGAACCUAUCAAGUAACAACUUGUCUGGCAAAAUCCCAUUAAGCACACAACUCCAAAGCUUUAAUGAUUCUGCAUAUUCUGGGAAUCCUAACCUUUGUGGGCUUCCACUUCCCAACAAGUGCCUUGGAGAUCCUCCAAUUACUCCCCAACCCAAAGACAAAAGCAUUCAAGAAGAUGACGAUAGGUCCAUUACUCAAGGAUUUUAUGUUAGCGUGGGGCUUGGUUUCUUCUUCGGAUUUUGGGGAGUUUUUGGCACUAUACUUUUCAAUAGUCGGUCUCGACAUGUAUUUUUCAUGUUCCUGAACCACAUAACGAAUUGGGUCUAUGUGACCAUUGCAUUGAACUGGGCUAGACUACAAAGGAGGCUUUAGAUCCUAUCGGUCAUGUUGCAGAACAAGACUCUUUGGUCCUGAAUUGCUAUGGUAACUUAUUCUACGACCCUAGUUUUUAACUACAAAACGGCUUGGUAUCCCCCAUAUGUUAGCUGUCAUUAUUUGAUUACAGGAUCCCAAAGUUAGCAUAAGUUUCAAGAUUUGCAAUUUAAUUGGGUAAUUAAUGGGAUCAUAUAUCCAACUACUACCCUAGUUUUUCCUUUUUCUUUUUGGCAAAUCCGUUCAUUGAUCAUAUAUCCAUUUUUUUGUUUUUGCUUUCACUUUUCGCAGAAGCUCCUAGAAACAAGUUUAUGUGUCAUUGCAAUUAAAUCAUGUGUUUGGGAGCACUUAAUCUUCUAUUUUGUACUAUGUAAAUUGUGAAUUGUGGAUAGUUUUGGCAUAUCGAAAAUACUACAUGGCACAGUAUGAAUUCCACAUGCUCGGUUUCUUACUAUUUAUACAGAUAAUUGAUAAGGAUUGCUCUGAUUUGCUGCAGAUAGAUAAUGUUUGGUUCUGGCACCUUUCCAAGGAGAUAUCUAAAUUCACUACAUUUUAUAAGGACCUCUCUGGUUCUCCUGCUAUGUUGUUCAGCGAGCCCAUGCUUUAGCAGCAUAAGCCUUAGUUGAUUUUGUUGAUUGUCUUAGCAAGGGAUAGAAGAGUGGUCGCUACACGCACCACAGAUUAUUCUUCUUACCCUAUUAAUGUUUGCUUUUGUUGACGACUCCAGAAACCAUAGCCAUCUCUAAUUAUCCUUACUUGGCAGUUCUAUAUAUUAUUGGGGGCAGUGUGUUUAUUC